CCUCCAUCUCCUCCGUCUCCUCCAUCCAGUCCCACCACGCCUCUCAACCACUCCUCUGCCUCUAGAUUCCCUGCUUGCCGACCAUUCGAGAUGUCCACGACAUGGACGUUCCCUUCAACACGACCUCUCUUCGCUUCAGAACCUUCUGCCAUACAAACAAUGACAUGUCAUCCCCGCCGAGCAUUGACUCGCGCUCUGGCCACAUUCCGGACGACUUUGACACCAUUAUGAGUCGGACCAAUGAAAGCCGCAAUUCGAACAUUGAUGCGAAAUUGCAAUGUUGUUGUGGUAGGCCAGAAUGCGCUUACUUGGAGAACAACAACACUCUUCUGGGUGGAAUUGAGAGAGAUCUAGAGACCGCUGCAAAACUCGGCCAGGCCCUCCUAAAUCGCCAUGAAUCCUAUGUGAACGAAUCCCAACUCGAGCAUGAAAGGCUCACAGCCUAUAUCAACGAAAUAGAGAAUGAGAGAAACACUUUGCAAGCGGCCAACGAGAAGAUUGUAGAAGAGAAUCGCGGACUUCUUGACCAGCUCGAAUCUGCCAAUAACUCACUCAAAGAGAGUGACAACCAUGUCAAAAGUCUUGAAGCGCUGCUCCGGGAUUGUGAGGUGGAAGUUCGGAGGUUGAAUGGUCUCAGCCGGCGGACUGAAGAGUUGGAGCUGAAGGUACUGGACAUGGAGAGGGAACGGAUCACACUUUCGGAAAAGGUCGAAGAAUCCGAGGAAGAGACCCGAAGCACUAUUCAGCGAUGGAAGGAGAGCGUGCUCAAGGUCAGACAGCUUGAGUACGAAGUCCAGAGAAUCGAAUGGGAAGCCAAGCAAGACAGACAGCGACACGAAGAAAUCAUAGCCAGGCUUGAACGAGAACGAGCAAUAGAACGUGAGCUGGGCGGCGCAGAAGGCAGGCUGAAAGGCGCAGCUGCCCUUCAAACUCUGAUCGGGAAAGCUGCAGCAAAGAGCAACGUUGUCAGCCACUUUGUGCGGGACAUUCUUCAGGACAAUGCCAAUCUUCAAGCUGGAAUUGCCGAGUUGCGAGAGUUGUUGCAGAACUCCAACGAGGAAGUGCAGAAUUUACGGGAACAGGUCUUACAACAUCAAGCUAUUGACUAUGACGAUACGAUGGAAGAGCCGCUCAAGUCUACACCACUGAGCGAGGAACUUGGCUGGACGGAGCCUUCUCCGAAACAAGUACAGCAAGAAGUUCAUGUACAUCACCACUACCAUGCAAAGAUUGCUGGCCGACGAGAUCGGACUCCUACCUUACGCAAGUCUUCUCGCAAACGACCCAUAUUCGGACUCGGAACACUGCCAGCGACACCAGAAUCUUCCGCGCCUACAACACCUCUAUCCGGUCCUCAUCGUCAUGUCUCCAGUCCUGUUCUACCUCUGGCGCUCCACUAUCCCCAACCAAGAUACAAUCGAUGGUCUGUACAAUCAGCUGCUACAGGUUCCACAAUGCUGUCCAGUUUCCCAAGCUCCCCGAGGUCAUAUUAUGAACCCAGUAGUUCGAUAUUUGAUCGGCUCGAAGCGGAGGAAGAGUCAUCCAGACCAACGAGUCCAGAGUCGGCCGCUGGCUUUUCGGAGCCCAGGUACAAAAGCUUCCAGUCGCGAUUCGCAGAAGCUUCGCCAGAUCCUUUGGAAGAAGAGGACUUCGUCGACGAACCCGAGCUUGGACCAGAUGGUGCAUCCGACUUGCACCACCAAACAAGCCUGCUAUCAGAGGGAAGCAAGAGUCAGGACCCAGCGCAGGACCUGACACCUAAGCCUUCUCAGAUGCUUGUCACGGUCGGUCGUAUCACUCCAGAAGAUGAUCCGGGACCCUCUGACACUGCUGAUGAAGAGGCUGAGUUAGAUGACACCACCGCGACACCAGUGGCUUCGAAUGCGGUAUUCGAGGGCUCUAAAAUAGGAUCUCCGGCAGAGACAAGCAAGAGGACCUCCGGAGAUGUCACGCCAACCACGGCAGCCCGUGAGUUGCACGAGACACCAGACAUUCAGGUGCAAAUGAGCCAUCGUCGUACGAACUCGCACGAGUCAUUGGUGUCCAUAUCUGGUAUGGAUAUACACAUUGCACAACGCCCAACGACCGCAAGUUCCCAGUCAUCGAGCUUGUUGAAAGGGAACCGAGCCUAUUUCGCGCUGUCUCCUUCUGUAGCGCGCAGACUGCCAGCUGCACAGCCAUUGACAACAGUGACUGAGUUUACGGCUCUCAGUUCACCUAGAUCUGUCAGCACGGACAGCAUUCCCUCCGCAAACACCGCGCCCAGCCAAAGUAUUGAAGCACUAAGCGGCCUUGCCGGCAUUCCGAAGCCUGCGCCACAAGAGCAGUCCAGCGGAUUCGGGCGUUUCGUGGGAGGAUGGGUGAGAGGAAAAUGGGGAAUGGCACCGAUGAAGUCUACCUCAGAUCUAAAGCCUUUGAUGUCAGGAUCAACCACUUCCCUGGAAGUCCAGCCUCCGCCAAUCUCAUUAUUUCCAGGUGGAAGAAUGCCGGGUAUCAAUCAGAAAGGUGCAAUACCUGGUUUUAAAUUCCGACGAGUACCAAGCUCAGGCGUGCAGAUGAGCAUGGUGGAUGAGGAUGGUCUGCAGGAGAGUCUCGCUGGAUGAAGAUCACUCACUAAUAUCCUUCUCUUGCACCCUACAAGCCGUUUAUAUGUCGGGUGGACAUCAUCUACGCGAAUGACUAACGAAAUACCAGCCCUUCAUUUUUCAGCUCCUGGAAUAUUCAUUGGCCUAGAAGGGUCGAGAUUUGGGCGGCUUCUUGCCCUAUUACUGAAAUGAUACCCCGGCAACCUAAUAUGCCACAACAUAUACUCUGUAUCGUGCCGAUGCGAGUUAUAGCUCUCCGGCUGAAUAUAAUCAAUAAUUUCGCUCUAGCGAACCCC